AUGUCGAAACGAAAGAGAGAGGAUGAUGCUGACGAGCAUGAUGCUCAGAUCGAAGAUCAAGCUAUCCGCAUCAAGGUCUCGCGAUUGAGAGUCAAACUUGACCAGGGUCUGAAGAAGUUGACUUCUGCUUUGAAACUCGCCCGAGGCUUCGAACGACAAAAGAUGGGUCGGCGUCAAAAGGAGGCCUCCAAAGAGCCACAUACUCUACUACGACUUCGAGAGGAAGUCAUCCUCCUCAAGCAGAUGCAGCUAGGUCAGACCGCCAAAACUCAUUUAUUCAAGAACCUUAGCCGAACGAAGCGAAUUCGGGAAAAUCCCGCUUUUGCACACAUCUACGACGAAUUCCCUACCGUCGAGUCAACUAAGCCUGGAGCUGAGGCCAAUGUGUUGGGCCGAUUAUUCAAUUCUGCCCCUGUAAAGCAGGCUUUUGACGAAGUUAUGAAAAGCAUCUUCGGCGUGCUUGGCAUUCCUCAAGUGCCAAAUUCAGAUGGGAAUUCGAAAUCGAAAAAGGGAACACAUGUAAAGCAUGUUGCAAAUGGAUCAGCAGAAGAUGAUGAAUUCAAUGGCUUUUCUAGUGUUGGGUCCCCUGGAGAAGGACAGAGCGACCGAGAACACUCAACAUCAGAGGUUGACGCUGAUGCGCUCUACAAACAUCGACUUGCUGCUUCUGAUGAAGAUAGCGAUGAUGAUGAAGGCUCUUCUGAUGAGCAAGAUCCCAAGCUGAGGGAGCUAUCCAUUUCAGCCUCCGAGGAUGAGGACAAUCUCGACCCACGACGAGAAAGAACCUCCACCAAGGCUCAGAAAAUUGUGCCCACCACGAAAACCGCAUUUCUACCGUCUUUGAGCAUGGGCGGAUACUAUUCAGGGUCUGAAUCGGACGGAGAAGACGACUUUGCUCGACGCAGCCCUCCCGGGCCAGAAAUCCGAAAGAACCGGCGAGGACAGCGAGCUCGACAACAGCUGGCCGAGAAGAAGUUUGGUCAAAAAGCAAAACAUCUCCAAAAUCAGAAGAAGCAGAAGCCAAGUGACACCAGAAAUUCAGGUUGGGAUGCAAAGAGAGGUGCUGUCGAUCGCCGUGGUGGUCCAGGUCGGUUGUCAAACAAGGGUCGACCAGACGCAAAAGAUUCACACAAUCGACCUGCGAGAAUAGAUCAAGCAAAGCCCGAGAAACUCAAGUCUCGUGAUGAUUCAGGAUCACUUCAUCCUUCGUGGGAGGCAGCCAAAAAGCGGAAGAUGGAAGAUCAAGGCAUGCCAAAAUUUGCUGGAAAGAAGAUUACUUUCGAAUAA